AUGUGCAAUACAUACACGAUAAUUCUAAAGUGUAACCACAAACAAAACUACACUUACCGCUGCCCCUUGUAUCUUAGUGCGCUACGACAAAGGUGCGUUAAAACCCCUCCAACUAUUGUUCAUUACUUUGUGAACUGCCGCAAGUGCCGAGGCCAGGAUAGUGACAACUUUGUGGUACACUGGGUGGAGAGGGAAAGCGAGUCUACUAGUAGUACUUUUGGCGGAAAGGAAGGGAACUGGAGAAAGGGUGAGGAGAACAACUAUAUGUUGGCCAUAGGGACGUUUGAAAUUGUGGCAAAUGGAGAUGAGACUGGCAGGGUGAGGGGUGUUAGGGUAUAUGAGAAUGGAACGGAAGAGGCACGACGCGAGAAGAAAGGGCUGAAGAAUGUUUCUCUAGAUCUUUCUGGAACAAACAAGGCAAGGUUCGACGCUGAACCAUCGCACGAUAUAUACGACCAAACAAAUGUAGGCACGCAAGAGCUCAAGCUUGACGGGCUGAGAACGCAAAGUCUUCCAAUAAAGGGCAAACCCAAGAAACCCAACGUAUUUGGUAGUCUACGGAAAAUGAUCGUUCGGCCGAGGAGUGAGCAGGACACCGCGGCAACAGGUGAGCAUAAAUCGCCCACACAGGGUACUGCCAAAACAAAACUCAAUAGGUUCAAUACAAUCACUGGCGGUUUCCGAGGAGGCAAGAAAAGCGAAGACAUGGAAGAAGAGGGUUCUCUAUCUGCGUCGGUAGAUGAUCGGAAGGUUGAUGAUGCUACGGGGUACGAGUAUCUUACGCCUAAAGAAUUUCUCGACCUUCAUUUUCAAGGUGUAGUUUCAGGCAACAGUAGUACGGAUGUUACGAUAUCAAAUGCGAUUUCUGCACCUAUCGAUAUACCUCAAAAACGUCAAGGUGACUCAUCACAGAAGCGGACUGCCGAGAAGCGUGCUGGAGAAUAUAUGAGCGAAAUCGGUCGAAAUCCCUUUGCGGACAAUUCAGCAGUUGUCGACUCCUAUAUUAGGGAUUCUGCAAUCUCCGACGUCGAAAAUAGCUACCAGGAAGGGGCAUCAGAGCGAUGGAGUCAUGGUACUCAGUCAAGUGAACAAGGAAGAAUGAGCCGGGAAACCGAGUUCUCUCAAGCUGAUGAGGAACGAAUGGAGAUCAUUACCGAGGCAAUCGAUGGAGACACGAUUAAUCUAACGCCGGACAAUAUCGAUGACGUACUUGCAGUUUGGAAAGGAGGGUUUGGAACUUCAAACCAUUCGUCACCUGAUCACAUACCUCAUCGGCCUCAUGCUUUGAGUCAUUCGGUACACUCUCGCAGUAUUGAAGCCUUGCCGAUGCCUAUACCUUUUCGUUCUCAAGGUUCAAGUUUAGAUGUCGCGGGCUAUAGUGCGAGCUUACCAAAUGUUCAGGAAGACGAGAAGAAAUUUACCAAAACUCAGUGGACGCAGGAGAAUGUUUCCGAGAAAGUAUCUUCCGCGCCUUCUGCAACUUUGCAGCGUGCCGUGGACUUUGUUAAUCCGCCGAGGUGUUUUGAUAUGCAGCAUGAAAACAAUACGACGAAAGAACAUCUUCGGGAAUUUGCUUUGCCUAAGAGGAGCAAUACGGUAGAUGCACCACAUUCUCAAUGCCCCCAGGAAAUAUCAAAAGAAUUUCCUCCUCAGGUUUUUGCUUUACCCAAAAGGAGUAAUACAGGAGAUGUACCAUAUUCUCGACAAGUCUUGGACAAGAGGGACGAACUUCCUCGCGGUUUUUCUUUUCCUAAAAGGAGUAACACAGAAAAUGUUCCACAUUCUCGACAUCCUCUGGCUAAUGAAAUCACCCAGAGCAACACCCUCACCAGUAGUCCUCAGGCUUCAACAAGAAGCCAACCCGCAUUACCAGAUAUACAAGAACCUGCACAAGAAACCAUCGCUGGUACUCGAUACUCUUUUCUGCCCUCAUCUUCUACAAUUCUAUCCCCACCUCAGAAAGGCAAACAAAGCGAGCAAGGUCGCCAAUCGCCCCGACUCUGGAAUAGGAAAGGUACACCCAUAUCAAAGCCCGAAACUCGUGCAAAUCCACUGGUGCCAGAGAGAACAAUUGAUAGAAUUUCUACCAUGACAACCAUUUCACAAUUUAUACCUUCGCGAAACGAGGGGCUUGAUGAAGAAACUACGAAGAAUGCUGUUCCUCCUUCUAAGACAUUCAUGAAAGCGCCUCGACGACAAAUGGGUAGUUCAAACGUGCAGCAACCUAUUCAGAAUCCUGUGAUGUCUAUUCCAGACGUCCCUGCAAUUCCAAAAACUUACGCGAAACACGUAGCUGUUCUUCCUAAGAUUGGUAGAGAUGCAACUGGCAGGUUUUCCGUAGAGCAUAUCAAAGAAGACAAGCCAGCGCGCAUGGGUAAGGAAGAACCAGGAGAAAUAUCGAGGAAAGAACCGGUAGAAGAUCCGAUAGAUAUGUACGCGAAUUACACGAUAGGAACUUGGGAUGCUGUGUUGAGGAAUAGUCCGGGGGAGGUGAGUCCUCUUAGUUCGUGUGAGGAUUUGAAUAGGAUGGUGAGUCCGGUGAGUCCUGUUGAGGGAAAUGCGAGCGGAAAGGCUUGGGAUGGGGAGGGCAGGGAUGGAUGUUUGAGUGGGGAGAUGCGUGAAGAGAGUCCGGGUCUGUUGUCGCAGCUUAUACAUCCGUCUACAAGAUCUGCCGCACGCAUACCCGCUACAGUAUCUACCUCUCAACAUCCACCUCUUUCUCUCCUCACUCCCCCACAAUCUCCACUAUUCCUACAACGCACUCCCCAGUCAACCCUCUCAAACACAACCCCCCCCAUUUCUCCCCUCCACAGCGAUCCCAGUAUCCCCCUCAUCCGACCUCUCCAAAUCAGGAAAAAGAUCCCACCUCCUGCAUCAAUGAAAACCGAAACGGAGAAUUUGCAAGAGAUCGAGGCACGGAGGAGACAGAGAGAGCAGAUGGAGGAGGAAUUUAGGAGAGCGGAUGAGAGAUUGAGGAGGUUGAGGGAUGGGAGGGGAGGUUUGUGA